AUGUCGUCCGCGUCGGGCGCCACAGCGCCCGUUUUCUCAUAUGCACAGGCCGCAAAGGGCCUCACAUCAACUGCUUCUACACAGUCGGUUUCAAGAAACGAGAGCCCCGCGGCAUCUGACAAGAGUAUUAAAGAACGACCUGCGAGUGAGACGACUAAUACUACUUCCACCAAGACACCGCGACCGAGGUCUGAACCCGAGGACAAAUUGAGCGGGGAGGGCGCCACGUCUAAGUCUCCAGCACAGCUUGAGGGCUCUGCGGCAAAGGCACCUACUGAGAAUGUGGACAAAGAAGGCGCCACGCAGAUCCAGCAUGUUGCGACACAGAAUAACGCCGAGACCUCAUCAGUGUCACAUGUCGGAACUCCCAAUCUCGCGUCGGCCCAAGAUCAACAAAAAGAUGAACCUGUUCCACAACUUCCAAAUGGAAGAUCACCGUCUUCAGAGGAGCUGCCUGGUUCUACCUCAAGUGACAAGUCCGCUCAGACCGUCACUGAGAAAAAGUCCAAAGACGGCGAAGAUGACUGGGAGAAGGUCUCGGUCCCCUCAAUGAGUGCAGAGACACAAUACAAGGCUGCCCCUAUCCCGGCUGUCAAUGUUUGGCAAGUACGCAAAGAGGCUCAAGCUGCGAAGCUGAAAGGGCUAGAUCAGCAGCGUGGACCAGUUUCCAGCGCACCUAAUCAACCGCAGAAACCCAGGUCUGCAGUUGAAGAUCCCAAGCGGAAAUCUCUCAGUAAAGAUGUUACCACUGCCGAGAAAGAAAGCAAGAGUGCCGACAGCACGAGACCUGUCAAUCGUAAAGACAUGCCGUCAGCUCGGUCCUCCCGACCUACAUCUCAGCAUGGUGAGAAAGGUGAUGUGGAUGCGCCACCACCGGUUGAUGACGCACAGUCAUGGCCGACACCUGAAAAUUCCAAUGUUGACGAACGUCGCAAAUCAGCUUCACUCGAAAAGUCUGACAAGCUGGAUGGGAAGCCCGUAUCUCAGAAAACUCAUGGUAAUAAAUGGGUUGCUGUCCCGUUCGUCCCUACAGCGAAGUUUGAAACACAGCUUCCUCCGGCUGCAGCGCGACGGGGCGGGAGAGUCGGCAGGGGAAGAGAUACCGGCGGUCGCGGCGGCGGCCAUGCAGGUGCUGCUCUAGAAAAGCAAGAUGGUACGACGUCCAUGGGACCGCCUCCUGUACCAAGACAGUCUGGCGAACAAGAUCGGGGCCGAAGAUCUGAAGGUGAACGUGGUGUACGCGGUGCGUCCGUGCCUACCACUAGCACUCGACCUACAAGUGGCGAGGACACAAAUGCCGCCUUCUGGAAGCCUUCCGCAGCUUAUGUCAAGGAUCAACCCGCCUCCGAAAAUGUUACCACGAACCAAACGGCAUCUCAGCAUAACAUUGAAGACCAGAUUCCUCGGACUGACCACAGCUCCAGGUCUUCAUCGAGACACGCUGGGAACGUUGUUGGUCGGAUGACCAACGGAGAUGGGAAUGCCUCUGUCGAUCAAGCGAAUGGCACUCACAGCCAGACUAAUGAGCCCAUCGCUCGGUAUUCAUUCACUUAUGACCGAUACAAAGGUUCCGGAGGAGGCGCAUCCCGAGGUACGGGCGAUUUUGGCAGAGAUCGCGGCUCUGGCAGGAAUCGAGAGUGGUCCAGGGAUAAACCUGACUCGGCUCGCGAAAAGGUUGAGUCCUGGCGUGAUCGGGAAGCCUCGGGCGAUCAGAGCAAUCGGCGAGAGCCUCGAUCUGAGCGAGGACGUGGCUAUCGCGGCAGGGGUAACAACAACUACAAUCCACCGUAUACGUCGUCCCAUGCGUACACGUCGCCUCUUCCUCAAAAUGGAUUUGAACCACCAUCCAGAGCAAAUUCGCACACGGAGACUCGCUCAAGGCAAACUUCACAACCGUUUGUACCAUCACAGACAUCAAAUUCGACUCGCACAAACCCACGUUCUCAGUCUAUCCCUGUUGGCAUGAUGUUCCCGGGGUAUUACAACGGCGUGCCGGCCAUGCCUCAAGGGCUCCAGCCCGUUCAGACUGACAUGUCAAUCUACGGUUAUCCGUCCCAAAUGCAGAUGCAACCUAGCAUUAUGAGUGCAAUGCCGUACAAUGAUCCGCUGAACUCGUACGCCUUGCUGUCAAUGGUCAUGACUCAGAUUGAGUACUACUUCUCAAUUGACAAUCUCUGCAAGGAUUUGUUCCUCCGGAAGCAUAUGGACGGUCAAGGUUACGUCCCACUGAGCGUCAUCGCUAAUUUCAAACGUAUCAAGACUCUGACCGAGGAUAAUAUGAAUUUGGACAACCUUCGCUAUGUCUGCCAACAGGUCAAGAGUGUGGAGUUUUUACCGGGACCCGAUGGGGAUGAUCGACUCCGUCGUCGAGAAGGCUGGCGUGAUUUUGUUCUUCCCGUGGAGGAGAGGUUCGAAUCGGCCCGCAACGAAGGGCCCUUGCAUCACCCGGAAACUUACUCUCAAGUCGCGCAACCAGACCAGGUUGGUCUUCAUGAUCCAUCUUUUGCCUUCGGUCAAUUGCGCAGUCCGCAGCUGACCGUUGGUGCCAGCAAUGGAGCAUUCCACGCAAACUCGCCGAUGUCUUAUGUUCCUGGUCUGCCAACGGAGAAUCAGCUAUCUGGGGAACCACUCGUCCGACCAUUUGAAGAUGGUUCUAGUGAUGGCACAGAGAGACCUGCGACUGUGUCUUACCAGCAGGUUGCUCCUGCUGCUGUACGAUCUCCGCCACCCCACGCCUCGGAACCCCUGAACAACAUUGUGAAUGGUCACCAUCGGCAGAGUUCCCGUACCGAUAUUGAGGACAACAUCUUUCCGGACGACCAGAUCCCGAAUGUCAACAUUCGAAUGCAACCAACCACUCUCAGUGGUGCGGCCCCUCCCUUUCCCGGUAUCGCUCGAAUCCCCUCGGCUGAGUCUUCUAGUGGACAAAAUGAAGGCAACAAUGUGCCUCAGGACCUAACUCAAGCUCGGGUCCCAAGUUUGCGCGGCGGAGCAAGCAGUCCACAGCAGCUUGAGCAAUUCCGCAGCUUGUCUUUCGGCACCCCGUUCACAAUUCCUACAAGCGACGCAAGCAUCAUCUACUUCACAAAGGACGGCCAAGAAACGCAAUUGCCACCUCCACAGCCAGGACAAUUUGACCAGACAUACCUAUCACUCCAUGAUGUCGCUUUUCAGCAGCGCCAAAUGGGAGUUGACGGAGCUCUAGAACCUCUUUACAAUUUUUGGACUGAUUUCCUUGUCGACAAGUUCAAUGUCGGCAUGUAUCAGGAAUUCAAAACGACCGCGAUUAGUGAUUUACUCGAAGGCAGUGACAGCGGCAUGUCGCAUCUUGUCCGCUAUUUUGGCAAGCUCUUAUCCGCCCCUGUUCCGAUCAGUGAACGUCUUGCCUCCGACAUGAUCAACCUUUACCGAGAGGAAAAACCCGAUAACCGUCCUGUUUUCCAUGCCUUGCGGGCUGCGUGGCGUAACGGUGCGACAAACUUGAAGACAAUCAAACGACUCGGCGACGUCCUUAGUGCAGAAGAAAAGGCCGAGCUCGAUAAGAGCGGCUAA